AUGGCUCCCCGGGGCCCUGCGAAGGCUCGCGAGUUCGAUUAUGCCAAUGUUGGCAAAGCUGGAAGGCGCACGGGGUUAAUGUUGAAGGAAGGGAAACGUGAUGAAUAUGGAAUGGAAGAAGUUGAUGGGAUAUUCUCUUCGCCCGAGACGUCGCCCGUAAAAGAGAAUGGCUUCAGUGACCAAGCUGAGGAUUCUACCGGCUCGGAUGGCAUGUCUAUCGACGAAGGGAAUGGUCCGAACCCCACCGAUUUCCUAAAGAGCAGACGGAGCUCUUACUUCCCGCCUCCUGUUGCGCGCUCUCCCAUGAAGACCGGGCUGACUGGCUCACCUCGGAGGACUCCCGGCUUGCGAUCCUCCCAAAGCCCGCAACGCGAACAACCGUCUUCCAGUCCCUCAGACGGUAAAGGCCUGGGGAGUGCCAGGGGGGAAUCACGACGAGAUGUAUCUCCACUUACUAGUCGUUCCAUAAAUGCGCCACCGGUUCUAAACCAAGUCAAUGGUGCACGGAACAACAAAAUUAAUGAUGAACCAACAGAGGAGCCUAUGGACUCCGGCUUUUCCGAUAGCGAUACCGAGAAUCAGCUAAACAGAGACGAGAACGGGCAUUCAUUUGCACAGACACACGACGACAUUAUGGACAGCUUCAAUGCAGGCGAUGAUGCCUCGACGGACGACCAUGCAGAUGAACAAGAUGACACUGGCGCCGAACUGGACUCGCCGGUAACCGUCUCCGAAUCCCGCAGCAAGAGAGGACAGGCCAAACCUGUUCCAAGGAUUGUUAGAGGUGUGAAAGGUGCAAGGGCCGGAGCGUCCACGGCUGCGCAGGCGCAGGAGAUUGAGGAAGAACAGCCGGCACCAAAACGCAAACGUCCUGGGAGGCCGCCGCGAACGCAACGCAAAUCUGGCGAUGAAGUGGAGAAAGAACGGCCGUCGAAAAAGCCUAGGGUAUCGGACAAAGCUGAUAAAAACCCAAGUCCUUCAGGCAAUGCAGAGCUGGACAAGGUGGUGGAGAACUAUGUCAACCGCACAGGGCCAUUGAAGGGUCGGAGUCUUUAUAUCCUGAAGCGCGAAGUACCUUCCGAAGGCGCUGCCACCCAUACACGAUCCGGGCGUGUUUCUGUCAGACCUCUUGCAUACUGGCGAAAUGAACGAUGCGUCUAUGGCGAUGGUGAAGCUGUGGAGGGCCAACGGUAUCCGCUAUCGACCAUCAAGGAGAUCAUUCGUACGGAAGAACUCGAACCAGAGAAACCGAAAUCGAACAAGCGCCGCCCUAAUAAGAAAUCUAAAUCAAGGAAGGGUAAAAACGACGAUUCCUCGGAUGAAGAAGACGGAUAUGUUGAUCCCUGGGAGAAGGAAAGCGGGAUUUUGCAUGGCUAUAUCAGGAGGUGGGACGAGGAAGCCCAGGCAGUUGGUGAAGAAGAGGAGAUCGUUGACCUUGCGUACGCCCCUGCUGGGAUGGAGACAAGGAGUGUCAAGGACUCCUCGUGGCGGUUUGCCAAACUUCUCAGUUCGCCCUUCUUGGGCUCUGGGAUUGUGGAACUGCCGCCUGGAGGGGUUAAGAAGCCCAAGAAUUCUAAGAAAAUGCACAUGGUUUUCUACAUCUGCCAGGGUCGGGUGCAAGUAGACAUCUCCGGUGUACGAUUCAGUGCCGGCAAAGGAUGUGUCUUCCAGGUACCAAGAGGCAACUAUUACAGUUUUGCCAAUACGCAGAAUAAGGAUGCCCGGCUGUUCUUCACACAAGGCUGCGUCCCGGUGGAGAACGACGACUCUGCUCCCGGGUCGGCAACCAAACCCGGAGCCAUGGACGGGGAUUCAAGCACACCGACUGGCCGUCCGACCGGCGUAAAAGGUCGACCGAAGGGCAAACAGAAAGCAGGCGGACGUAAGGCAACGUGA